UUCGGCUGUUAACCGAAAGGUUGGUGGUUCGAGCCCACCCAGGGACGCGCCCCCAUUUUUGCCUCCCGCGGGGAUGAGGAAGCGGACGUGGCCUCUGAUUUUUCCCGGGCGCCGCGACCUCCACGCGCUCCCCGACGUCACGCUGUAUACCUCUUGGCGCGCGCGCGAGGGGGGGUUAUCCCCGGGGGCACGCGGCGCGGGCGCGACCACCGAGGCCGAAAGCGCAGCAGAACGUCGUGGGCCUGGGUUCCGGUUUCCUCACGCCCUCCGAGCCGCUUUGGGCGACGGCCCACGGGACCCGGAGGGUUUAGGGGAACGGAUCGCAGAGGUUGUCUGAAGGCUGAGUCCAAGAUGGCGGCGCAGGCGGAUUGUUAGUUAGAUGCAAGACAGGCCGAGGGUGAGAGCGAGGGCCUGCCAGGCAGGGGCCUCAUGGGAAACGCCUGGCGGCUUCACCCUGCGGACCAUGUGGGCACCUGAGCCUGUGGCCUCUGGGGUGCCCGGCACUCACCGCCGCCCACUCCUGGUUCCCCUGCAGCUCCUGGCCUGCUCUGCUCCCGGAUCCUAGGUGUGCGCUCCAGCAUGGGCGUGGCUGUGCUGGCCCGAGACGUCCAUCACAGUGUGGCUGCUGAUGGCCCAAGCAGCACCCAGCCCACCGUGAUGAAGGCCGGAGCCGUGGUCCCCAAACGAAAUGUGCUUCCCAGCAGCCGGGGCGAGUAUGUGGUGGCCAAGCUGGAUGACCUCAUCAACUGGGCCCGCCGGAGCUCCCUGUGGCCCAUGACCUUUGGCUUGGCCUGCUGCGCAGUGGAGAUGAUGCACAUGGCCGCGCCCCGCUAUGACAUGGACCGCUUUGGCGUGGUCUUCCGUGCCAGCCCGCGCCAAUCUGACGUGAUGAUCGUGGCUGGCACGCUCACGAACAAGAUGGCCCCGGCGCUCCGAAAGGUCUACGACCAGAUGCCAGAGCCCCGCUACGUCGUGUCCAUGGGGAGCUGUGCCAAUGGAGGUGGGUACUACCACUAUUCCUACUCGGUCGUGAGGGGCUGUGACCGCAUCGUGCCAGUGGACAUCUACGUCCCAGGCUGCCCACCCACGGCUGAGGCGCUGCUGUAUGGCAUCCUGCAGCUGCAGAGGAAGAUCAAGCGGGAGCAGCGGCUCCAGAUCUGGUACCGCAGGUAGUGCCGCCGCCGCUGUCUCGGGAGCCACCAGAGCUGCGUCUGUGUUGUCCCUGGAGAUUGUCAAUAAACCCACCCUCCGGCCCAUUGCCUGGCA